CAAAUUCCACUUCCGUUUUCGUUUUGAAUUUUGGAAUUCCACUUCUAAUAUGAAUCAUAUUUCAUUGAAUAUCGAACAGGUAUAGCAUUGAAUCCGUGAAUUUGAAUAAAGAGAUUUUAUGGAAUAUCAGGGCAUAACGAUUGCUGAGUCAUGAGCUACACGGUUCCCCCAAGAGGAUCUCGAUCUCAAGUGACCAGAAAAACAGUUCCACCAAAAAAUGCAAAUGGUGAUCCAGCAGAUGCAAAUGCCGAAACAAAAGAUACUGCAACCAAUCCGCAAGACAGAGCCCAAUAUAUGGGUGGAUACACGAUGAUAACUCCAAAUGAAAAGAAACGUCAGCAAAUACAAAACCAAGCCAAAAAAGAGGAACAAGCUUAUCAAAAACAUAAGGAGAAACAGAAACUAGGUCAUGUGUCAUAUGUUGGAACUGUUGGAGGGGGAGAAAACCCUGCAGUGCCCAAGACACAGACUCCUAAUGCAAAACUCAAGCAAUCGGAGAAAAGACAGCAAUACAGACAACAGACCAAGGACAGGGAGACUGCAGAGUUACAGAAGAAAAAAGAAGCAGCGAGAAAACAGGCUGGAUUAAAUACACAGAGAGACAAAGAGAGAGCUGAACGUUUAGAUGAGGACAGGCGCAAGAAAAAUGAAGCAUUUUUGAAAAGAUUUGAUAAGCCAAAACGUUCACAGGCAAACAAAUCAGAUAGUAUAGCGGGAGCUGGAAGACAACCUGAAGAACUUGGUGCAACAAACAAUAAUUUCUCAGAUGACUGUGAUAUAUACUACAAUGAUGGUAACCCACUGGUAGAAUUACAACAGAGAUUUCCUCACUGUGAUAUGGACUACUUAGAGGGUCUUUUACUUCAGUGUAAUGGCAAUGUAAGACAAGCAAUGUCUUUACUGACAUAAGCACAGGGGAAUGAGCUUAAUAAUUUAUUAAAUGUUUUGGACUGUUUUGAUGGUGACUUUGAAAAAAUCUCAAUACAAGUGCAGAAUAUUUCAAACCAGCAGGUUAAAUUGAGAUAACGGACAAGGCAUAAUGUUGAUUCUCUAUGUAUCUUUUGAAAAUAUCAACUGGUCCCAAAAGUUACAAAAUACCUGGCAAGGACCAGUGGUACGUCCCAUAAUUUGCACCAUGACCUGUGUCUAAAAUUAUGCUAGUCUAAUGCUUACAAAUGGUGGAGGAACAUAAGUCUUCAUAGGGACAAUAAUUAAUAGCAAUUAGUUGGAAUGAAUUGGUGUUGCUAUAUAUGAUAAUAGGGAGUUUAAGCUUG